CAUGGAAUGAGCAGCUGAGGAUGAGAACAACCACACUUGAAUUUACCAUGUCGCUCGCACAGCAGCCUCAAGAACAAGAAAAAUUGGUAAAUUUAGAAAAACAGGGGAAAAAUAAGCCAUCCCCGAAAGGGGGCAAGGGGUGUGGCAGUGGUGGUGUCGUGGUCGAUAAGAAAAAGUACACCGUGAAGAAAAGACCACCCCCUAAAAGUGUCCCACAACGGCCCAACGAUAUUUACAUUAGCGAUCGCUCAAAUUUUAAGGCUCAGAUUUCCAAAUGCCAAAAAUUAUUUGAAAGUGGCGACUUUUCGGAAAUAUUUCUGCACGGAAUAGGCUCCUCAAUUCCACGCGCUGUUAACGUCGCUCUGGAGCUGAAAACAUUUUAUCAAGGCACCAUCGACUAUUCUGUGAAUACCUCGACCAUUCAACUAAUUGACGACCUAAUUCCACUGGACGACACGACACCCCCGUCUCAACAAAGUCGGAAAGUAUCCUGUGUCGAUAUUCGAGUAUUUCGCACAGUUAAAAUCCCAUAAAAAAUUUAAUACAAAAUGUUCUUCACGUUACAAGAAAUUGGAC